AUGGAGGCCCCAGUGGAAGGUUUUGACUGCCACUGGAACGUGUAUGCGCAACAGCUCUUCAGGCGAGGAUUAGGCUAUCCUCUAUGGGAUCCCGAACCCAGGGUAGAAGAAGGCGAGGUACUGAUUGGCGAUGUCGGAUAUUUGGACGAGGGAAGAUUCUAUCGUAUCUGCAAUGCAAUGAGAGACGCCAAUGACAGUACACAAAUCUGUGUCCCUCCGGGAUUUAAGAAAUUGGAUCUCAGGUCGACACCAAGAGCCGAGGCAACUGCCGUCCCUGAAGGACCCCUCUUCAGUCAAACUGUCCAUCGUGUCAUGGAAAAAGGCACAGUAGGAUCCCAUGGCGCCAACGUGGCCUUUCAAUGCGUAUGUACUGGCCAACAAGGCGCGUUGGCUAUCCUCGGUACACCUGGCAAGCACGAAGUUAUGCAGCAAUCUCGCGAGAUGGUGGAACACAUGAAGGAGAACAUAGAUAUCUGGCACCUUGGUGCGACCUUGAGCGGUAUAGGUGCGCGCGACAUGGUCGCCAUCGAGGACAUACUGUUUGUUCGAGGGUGGGUCAAAACCAGUUGUUGGGCUGCCGUGGCCUUCGCCGAAGACAGCAGGGGUGAGAAGCUUACUUUCAACGGCGAUUUGGGCCUCCCUGCAUAUGCCGCUUUUGAGACGCAACGAGGGAGGCGUCCAACCUCGGAGGAAGCUCUCUCUAAUUCGGUCGUUGAUACAGAGCCAGUAGAAGACGAGUCAGAUGGCAAUACCGACCGAUCCAAGCCAUACGACCCUGUCGUUUUUAUUCUGGACUACAUACUGAAGAACUCCGAGGCGAAUGUUGCGAUCGCUAGUGAUUUCGACUUGAUACGCUUGUGUAAGGGUCGAACUGACGAUGAAUACCCAAUUCCUGAUGAUAUACCGAAAUUCUUGGAAGAAACCAAGCCUCCCGUUAACGUCACUGAGGAUGGACUCGGCACACUAUUUGAUGAGGCUACCGAGAUGCACCUCGCGACUGAAGGCUGA